AUGAUGGAGAGGAUAAGAAAAGAGAUGAUAUUGAUGGAGAGAGGGCUUCACAGUCCCGUCGCUGCGGGGAAGAGGCUCGCAGACGCGCCGGGGAACUCGGUGCUGGAGGCCCUGGAAAACUCCCAGCACGGCGGACGGCUGAGCCCGAGAAUAACUUCGGCUUCGCUCCACGGAAAUCUCGGGGACAUCCCGGGGAAAGGCAAGUUUGAGAUCGACAGCCUGUUCGGGACGCACCACGGCAGCGAGAACAGCUCCUCGGCGGAGAUCUCGUCGUCGGAGAGCCGCAAGAAAAUGAGCCUUUACUCCGAAGUUUCGCCAGAUUCCGACGUGAACAGCGAUGUGGAGGUGGGAUGCCCCUCGCACCGCUCCCCGAGCCAGCACAAGGAAAACAACAAAGGGUUUUCAGACAGUAAUUCCGGCUGCUCCAGCUCGAACUCCCUCCAGAACAUGAACGGGAACGGGUCCAACAACUCAAACAGCGACCAGGUCAGGAGGUACCGCACGGCGUUCACCAGGGAGCAGAUCGGAAGACUGGAGAAGGAGUUUUACCGAGAAAAUUACGUGUCGAGACCGAGGAGGUGUGAACUGGCCGCGGCGCUGAAUCUGCCCGAAACCACUAUAAAGGUGUGGUUCCAGAACAGGCGGAUGAAGGACAAGAGGCAGCGCCUGGCGAUGUCCUGGCCUCACCCAGCAGACCCCAGCUUCUACACCUACAUGAUGACGCACGCAGCCGCCACAGGGAGCCUCCCGUACCCGUUCCACUCGCACAUGCCUCUGCACUACUACCCGCACGUCGGUGUCACGGCAGCAGCAGCCGCCGCCGCCGCCUCCAGCGCGGCCUCGUCACCUUUCGCCACCUCCAUCCGGCCCCUCGACACCUUCCGGGCCCUCUCCCACCCCUACUCGAGGCCGGAGCUCCUGUGCAGCUUCAGGCACCCGGGACUCUACCAGUCCCCCGCGGGCCUGAACGGGUCGGCGGCGGCGGCUGCGGCGGCCGCGGCGGCGGCGGCGGCGGUGUGCGCGCCGUCGGCCGCGGGCCCGUGCUCGUGCCUGAGCUGCCACAGCAGCCAGGCGGCGAGCGCGCUGCAGGGGGCCAGGAGCUCCAGCGCGGACUUUGCCUGCACAGCCUCGGUGCCACGGUCCGAGAGUGGAUUUUUGCCGUAUUCUGCCGCAGUCCUCAGCAAGACGUCAGUCCCGUCACCGGACCAGCGAGAAGAAACGUCACUGAACAGAUAA